GUUUGUAUUUUUCUACCCAAUGAUGAAUCUCUGAAUAUCAUCAUAAAUGUAAGUAAAUUAAUAAGUAAUGUGUUACGUUUUGCCCACAUCUGCCAGAUUUAUGGUAGAAAAUUUUGUCAUUAUGUAAGGAUACUAUAUUUAUCCAUAUGGUAGCAUUAUGGAAUCAUAUUAUAUAUGUGCUUUAGUAUAAGCAAAAUAUUCUAGCUUAAAUUCAUAGUCUAGCAAUUGUUGAUAUUACCCAAAUAGACUUGGUAGGUAGCCUGAGAGUUUAGGCAAACCUUAUAUAUUACAAAAAAAAUAAAGUUUGCCUUUGAAGUGUUUACAAAAGUGUCACCCACAAACUUGAAGGUCUAAUAAUUGUUUAUCUUUCAUUUUGUUUUACUAAUGAUGUUAAGAUUAUAGUAAACUCUUGAUUAAACUUUUUUCUUUAUAAUAUAUAAUAAAAGUAUAUACAAUUUAGUUGUUAACAUUGAUCCCCCAUAGCAGUAGAUUAUUUUUAGUUAUUUGCAGUAGUGGAUAGUAGGAAUGGUGGUUAUAAAUCCAUUGAGGAUUCACUGACCAAUUUUACUCUAUAUUUAAAUUCAAUGUUCCCACCCUGAAUUUCAUAUUUUUAACAAUUUUGUUCAAUAAUGUUCAGUUCUUCAUGAACUGAACUGUUUGAAGUUUUCUUGGCAAAGAUAGUAGUUUGGUUUAAUAUGACCUUGCCCAGCAUUUUAUAGAUGAGGAACUAAAGCAAAUAAGGUUAAGUGACUAUGAUCACAUAGCAAGUAAUUAUCUAAGACAAGAUUUGAACUUGGGUAUUCCUAAUUUCAAAUAUUCUAUCCAUUGUGCCACAUAGCUGCCAUUUUUAAUAAUAAAUACAAACAAAUCACAUGCACCUCUAUCUCUUUGUUUCACUUUCAUUAUUUUUUUUCCUUUUAAACAUUAUUUUAUUUGGUCAUUUUCAAACAUUAUUCAUUGGGGGAAAAAAAAGAUCAUUUUCUUUUCCUUCCUCCCUCCCACAACCCCUCCCAUAGCUGACACGUGAUUCCACUGGGUAUCACAUGUGUCCUUGAUUCGAUCCCAUUUCCAUGUUGUUGGUAUUUGCAUAAGGCUCUUCAUUUAGAGUCUCUCAUCAAUCAUAUCCCCUCAUCCCCUGUAGUCAUGCAAUUACUUUUCCUUGGUGUUUUUAUUGCCACAGUUUGUCCUCUCCCUGUGGAUAGUGUUUUUGCUCCAUGAUCCCUGCAGAUUUUUCAGAGACAUUACAUUGACACUAACGGAGAAGUCCAUUACGCUCAAUUGAACCUAAGUGUAUCAGUCUCCAUCAGACCCUGGGGAUUUUUUCUUAGGGAGUUCUUUGAUGGCCUGUUGGAUUUCUUUUUCUGAUAUGGGAUUAUUUAAGAAUUCUAUUUCUUCUUCUGUUAGUCUAGGUAAUUUAUAUUUUUGUAAGUAUUCAUCCGUAUCGCCUAGAUUGGUGUAUUUAUUGCCGUAUAAUUGGGCAAAGUAGUUUUUAAUGAUUGCCUUAAUUUCCUAUUCAUUGGAAGUGAGUUCCCCUUUUUCAUCUUUGAUGCUGUUAAUUUCUUUUCUUCUUAUCUUUUUUUAAUUAGAUUGACCAAUAUUUUGUCUAUUUUGUUUGUUUUCUCAAAGUACCAGCUUCUAGUCUUAUUUAUUAGUUCAAUGGUUCUAUCACUUUAGAUUUUAUUAAUUUCUCCCUUAGAUUUUAGACUCUCUAGUUUCAUUUUCUUCUGGGAGUUUUUAAUUUGUUCACUUUCAAGUUUUUUUAUUUGCAUUUCCAAUUCAUCUCUGCCCUCCCUAAUUUGUUAAUAUAUGCACUCAGGGAUACGAAGUUUCCUCUGAGUACUGCUUUGACUACAUCCCAUAAGGUUUGAAAGGAUGUCUCACCAUUGUCAUUUUCCUCAAUGAAAUUAUUAAUUGUUUCUAUGAUUUGUUCUCUAACCAAUUUUGGAGUAUCAUAUUAUUUAAUAUCCAAUUAUUUUUUGGUUUGGCUCUCCAUGUACCCUUACUGAUCAUUGUUUUUUUUGCUGUUGUUUUUUUUAAUCCCUUACCUUCCGUCUUGCAGUCAAUACUGUAUAUUGGCUCCAAGGCAGAAGAGUGGUAAGGGCUAAGCAAUGGAGGUCAAGUGACUUGCCCAGGGUCACACAGCUGAAAAGUGUCUGAGGACAGAUUUGAACCUAGGACCUCCCGUCUCUAGACCUGGCUCUCAAUCCACUGAGCUACCCAGCUGCCCCCUGAUCAUUGUUUUUAUUCCCUUAUGAUCUGAAAAGGCUGCAUUGAUUAUUUCUGCUUUUCUGCAUUUGUAUGCCGUGUUUCUGUGACCUAGUAUACGGUCAAUCUUUGUGAAUGUGCCAUGUGGUGCUGAGAAGGUUUAUUCCUUUUUGUCCCUAUUUACUUUUUUCUCCAUAUGUCUAUUAACUCUAAUUUUUCCAAGAUUUCAUUAAUUUCUUUCUCUUUCUUAUAUAUUUUUUUAUUUUAUUUAUCUAAAUUUGAUAGUGGUGAGUUCAGAUCUCCCACUAAACAUGGUUUUACUGUCUAUUUCCUCCUUCAAUUCUCCUAGUUUCUCCAUUAGAAAUUUGGGUGCUAUGCCAUUUGGUCCAUACAUGUUGAUUAGUGAUAUUUCCUCAUUGUCCAUAGUCCCUUUUAACAAAAUAUAUUUACCUUCCCUAUCCCUUUUAAUCAGGUCUGUUUUUGCUUUGGCUUUGUCAGAUAUCAUGAUUGCAACUCCUGCAUUUUUUCUGUCAGUUGAGGCCCAAAGGGUCUUAUUCCAUCCUUUAAUUCUGACCUUGUGAGUAUCUCCCCGCCUCAUGUGUGUUUGUUGAAGACAUCUGGUAGGGUUUUGGAUUCUAAUCCAUUCUGAUAUUCAUCUACAUUUUAUGGGUGAGUUCAUCCCAUUCAUUUUCAAAGUUAUGAUUGUCACUUGUGCAUUCCCUGGCAUUUUGAUAUUCCCCCCUAACUCUGACCUUUCUUCUUUAGCUAUAACCUUUUAAGCCAGUGAUUUACUUUAAAUCAGUCCCCCCAGUCCCCUCCCUUGAUAUGUUUCCCUUUCUAGCCCCUCCCUUUUUGUUCCCUUCCCCUCCCUCCUCUCCUUCCCUCACUUUUUGUGUUCCCUCCUCCCUACCCCCCUUGGUUUUCCCUUCUCCCUUACCCUGUUCGAUAAGAUAAAAUUCGGGACUUCCAGUCAAGAUGGAGGCUUAGAAGCUGCGAAAGUUCAGACCUCAGAAACCCUUCCAAACCGAUCGCAAACUGAGUGCUCCUAGAACACCGAAAUUCAAGUUGAACAACAGGAAAGACCCGGGGAACCCUCCUCCUGGACCUGGAUCAAAAGAUACGGCUCCUAAAAAGCCAGAACCCUAGAUCACUCUGAUCUAAGGGACAGGCAGAAGGAAGGUCCCAGGACCCAUCCCCCCCAACCCAGAGUGCUGAGCCCAAGCAGCAGAGGGAACUUCAGGGCCAGCAAAAGGGCCCUAGGGCCGGCUAUUUUAAAGGACUCACCUUGAAAGCAACCUGAGCAAGUCUCCAGGACUCCCAGCACAGACGGCAGGGAAACAUAGAGAGAAGGGGGAAGCCUGUAGCCCCCUGGCUGGGUCCUUCCAACUGAGUCUCAAGGGAGGUCCCAGCUUUAGGGCACCAGCUAAAACCAGUACCACCAGGAGCCCUCAGAGCUAUUGAAAGGAGAGAAACCUUAGGGCCAGCAAAGGGGUUGCCCCAAAGAGCUUGCCUUGAAAGUAACCUGGGAUGGUCUCCAGACAUUCAACACAGAUUGUGGAGGAGGAGGUUGUUUUUUUUUUCUUUUUUUUUUGGCUCGGGGAUCAUUUGGCCCACACCAGCUGAACCUAAUCCCAUCAGGAGCCCUCAGAGCUUCUGAAAGAACAGAAACAGGGCAGCGAAGGGCUUACCUUGAAAGCAACCUGGGCCAGUCUCUGGGCAUUCAACACAGAUUGUGGAGGAGGAGGUUUUUUGCUUUAGGCCUCAUUCAGACCAAACCAGCUGAACCUAAUCCCAUCAGGAGCCCUCAGAGCCCAGGGAAGCCACAACCCCUCCCCCCUUAGAGAGCAGAGUCUUCUGAAAGAACCAGCUGAAUCUAAUCCCAUCAAAAGUCUCCAGAACACAGGGAAGCCCAUGCUCCCCACCCAUCCUCAUUGACUUCUGGACUUUAAGCCAAUCAAAAGCCUCCAGAGGACAGGGAAGAUCAAACACCCAACAACCCUCCCCCAGAGACUAUACCAAGAGAUCUUCUGUUAAAGCUCCAAGAGGGGAGACUGAUAGAAGUCCCCCAAAAAACAAAGAAAAUGAGAGGAACAAGAGCAUGGACAAAUACGGGGCGUAAAGAAGGGAUGAAUUUGAGCAAACAACAGAAAAAGAAGAAAGAAACUACAAUAGACAGCUACUAAUCAGCAAAUGGAACACAUGGGGAGAGAUCAGCAAACGAUAAACCAGAAAUCCCAGCGAAAUGGAUACAGGCUGUAGAAGAACUCAAAACACAACUAAGAGAGGCUGAAGACAAUUGGGAAAAGAACUUAAAAAUUAAGAUAAGUCAUCUGGAAACAGAGGCACUUGAACUAAAACAUGAAAAUAGUGUCUUGAAAGCCAAAAUCAACCAGCUGGAAAAUGAGGCAAAGGAGAUGAAAGAUGAGGUAAAGAGGAUGAAAGACGAUCUUCAAAGAAAAUCAGACCAGAAGGAAAAAGACGACCAAAAAGCCAGAGAUGAAAUCCAAUCUUUAAGAACCAGAAUAAAACAACUAGAAUCAAGUGACCUCACAAGGCAGCAGGACACUAUAAAACAAAACAAAAAGAAUGAAAAAUUGAGGAAAAUGUGAAGUAUCUCACAAAACAGACGAUUUAGAAAAUUGUUCAAGAAGAGACAAUUUAAGAAUAAUUGGAUUACCAGAAGACCACGACAAAAGAAAAAGCCUGGACAUCAUACUAGAGGAAAUUAUCCAGGAAAACUGUCCCGAGAUCCUAGAAAAAGAGGAGAAAGUGGAGAUUGAAAGAAUCCACAGAUCACCCCUAUAUUUAAUCCCCAACUGACAACACCAAAAAAUGUUAUAGCCAAAUUCAAAAACAAUCAGAUGAAAGAACAGAUAUUACAAGCUGCCAAGAAGAAGCCAUUCAGAUACCAUGGAAACAUGGUGAGGUUAACACAGGAUCUGGCUGCAUCCACACUGAAGGACCGAAAGGCAUGGAAUACGAUAUUCCGGAAAGCAAGGGAACUAGGUCUACAACUAAGAAUAAAAUACCCAUCAAAACUGACUAUAUUCUUACAGGGGAAAGUAUGGUCAUUCAACACAACAGAAGAGUUCCAAGCAUUCAUAAAUAAAAGACCAGAUCUGAAGAGAAAAUUUGAUGUCCAACCACAGAACUCAAGAGAAUCAUCAAAAGGUUAAAGUACUUUGUCAUCAGUUACUUGUUCAGGUGUGUGAUUUAUUGAGGCUAAAAGAUUGCCAUCUGUUUGGACUCAGUGUCAUACAAAAUAACGAACAUGUGUACAUGGAACUAUCACAGAAACUUUAUAAAUACUGUCCAAAAGAAUGGAAGAAAGAAGCCAGUAAGGGUAUAGACCAGUUUGGUCCUCCAAUGAUCAUUCAUUUUCGUGUGCAAUAUUAUGUGGAAAAUGGCAGGCUAAUCAGUGACAGAAUAGCAAGAUACUAUUAUUACUGGCACCUGAGAAAACAAGUUCUUCACUCUCAGUGUAUGCUUCAAGAGGAGGCCUAUUUCUUGCUGGCUGCUUUUGCAUUGCAGGCUGAUCUUGGAAACUUCAAAAGGAAUAAGCACUAUGGAAAAUAUUUUGAGCCAGAAGCCUAUUUCCCAUCUUGGGUUAUUACAAAGAGAGGAAAAGAUUACAUUCUAAAACAUAUUCCAAACAUGCACAAAGAUCAGUUUGCACUGACUGCCUCUGAAGCACAUCUUAAAUAUAUUAAAGAAGCCAUCCGCCUAGAUGACAUUGCUGUUCAUUACUACAGAUUGUAUAAGGAUAAAAGGGAAAUUGAAGCUUCAUUAACUCUUGGGUUGACAACACGAGGAAUACAAAUAUUUCAGAAUAUCAGUGAGGAGAAACAAUUACUUUAUGACUUCCCUUGGACAAAUGUUGGAAAACUGGUAUUUGUGGGUAAGAAAUUUGAGAUUUUACCAGAUGGAUUACCAUCAGCCAGGAAGCUAAUAUACUAUACUGGAUGUCCCAUGCGUUCCAGACACCUCUUGGAAUUGCUCAGCAGUAGUCAUCGUCUCUACAUGAACCUGCAACCUGUUCUCCGUCAUAUUAGGAAGCUAGAAGAGAAUGAAGAAAAGAAGCAGUAUAGAGAGUCGUACAUCAGUGACAACCUAGACUUUGACAUGGAUCACUUGGAAAAAAGAUCCCAGGCAAGCGGGAGUAGUUCAGGCAGUAUGAAGCACAAGCGCUUCUCUCGCCAUUCCACUACCAGCCACAGCAGCUCCCAAACAUCGGGCAUUGAGACUGACACCAAAAUAAGGGACAUAGUUCCAGAAGACAUAUUCUUAAGCAGUACUAUCUACCACAGACUAAAAACUUGCAGCUCCAUGACCAGCCAUGACAGCUCCCACACCUCUGGAGUGGAAAGUGGUGGGAAGGACAGGUUGGAGGAUGACUCACAGGAUGAUGAAAUUGAAAUGCUGGUUGAUGAUCCCAGAGACCUAGAGCAAAUAAAUGAAGAGACUAUAGAGGUCAACCCAGACAUGUGUGUCUACAUCACUGAGGACAUGUUAAUGUCCCAGAAGCUUAAUGGAUAUUCAGGACUAAUUGUAAAGGAAAUCAGUUCUUCCACAUCUGGCUCUUCAGAAACAGUAGUCAAACUACAUGGUCAAAGCACUGAUUCUCUCCCACAGGCUACCUAUCGAAAACCAAAGACUUCCAGUGAUCGUCAUAGCUUAAGUCUGGAUGACAUCAGACUUUACCAAAAAGACUUCUUGCAGAUAGCAGGUCUGUGUCAGGACACUGCUCAAAGUUAUACUUUUGGAUGUGGUCAUGAAUUAGAUGAAGAAGGCCUCUAUUAUAAUAGCUGCUUGGCUCAGCAGUGUAUUAACAUCCAAGAUACUUUCCCAGUCAAAAGAACAAGUAAAUAUUUUUCUUUGGAUCUCACACAUGAUGAAAUACCAGAGUUUGUGGUUUAAAACAACAUGAGUACAGCAGGAAUGCUGCUUCAGGAGAGAGAUUAUUCAAGUUGAUUCCUCUUGUUUUAAGUGUUUCUUAUGCCAUAUUUCUCGUACUUUACUCUCUUACACAUUCUUCCCUCUCCCCCCCCCCUUAAUUCUUUCCCACUCUAUAUUUUUUUUCCUAAUGAUUUAUGCAUAAAUCUUUAUAAAUCUUUUGCACUUUAAGUACUAUCCACUCAGAGGUUAAAGGCAAAAACAAAAUUGUGCAGGAUGUCAUCAGGUCCUCUCAGUUUGGACUGGUCAGUUGGAAAGAAAUUCUGUUUCAAUUUUACAUGCAAAACAUUAGCUUUUUUUUUUCUCCAUUUUCCAAAAGCACAAUGCAAUUGUCUUGUUAAGAUACCAUUGACUCUUUUAUAAAAAUGGCCGUUCUGUUGUGGCUUCUGCCUUCUUAACAUAGGUACUAAAGAAAGAAGUGGUUCUAGCAAACCAAAGAUCUGUAAAUAGAAACAAAUAAAAAAUAAUAUCUAGUGUCCUAGCUAGUAGACCUGAAAUGUAAUUAUUACUUGUGAAACAAGUUGCAGUAAACAGACUUCUCUAUUCAGUGAUAUAUAAUCAUAAAUCUCCCCAAAUAUUCCAGAACUAAUUUGAGAACUUACUCAAAAAUUUUUGCUCAAAUCUUAACAUGUUUUACGAUGUUUACAAAACAGGUUUCUGUUCAAAAAGACUAGGAAAAAAAGUCUAAAGUACAUUGCUUAUUUGUAAAUGAACAAUGACAGAUGAUAAACAUGCCAUAAUGUUUAUUCAAAUUACCUUUAAGAUAUGCCUGUGUUAUGCAUAUACAAAUAUAUAGGCUUGUGUAUGUUUAUAUAUGUCUGGAGCUUAUAGAUUUGCCUGCAUUUCUUUUUAUAUUGCUACUACUUAGAAACAGUAAGUUUUCUAAGUUCUAAUUUUGGCAAUUUGGAAUUAUGACAUUCCAUAAGCACAAUUUUCCUCUUGUCCCUUUUCAUAUAGAAAGCUAUUUUCAUGUAUUUUUUAAAUGUCUUACCUUGGAGAAGACCUGAAAUAGGGAGAAUACUAUUCUUACUAUUAGUCUUGAGCAAAUUUUAAAACAAGCCACUAAGCCAUUUUCAUAAUAAAGUAUAAGCAAUUCAUUACAGUUUACAGUUGUGAACUUGCCUCUUUGCAGCAAGUAUGUUGCUGAAAUAAUGCUAAAGAAAUCUUCUUGGCACAAUGCCUUUUUAUUGAGAUAUUUUUAAAAUAAUAGCUAAAUAUUCUGCAGAUCUGUUUUAUCAUAUUUCAUAUCAGAAUAUGCCAUUUUUUCUAUCUGGCAUGUUUUUUAAUACAUUUAUCUAUAUUCCAAUGUAUAAUUUUAUAUAAACGUGUGAUAUUUUUAUAUAAAAGAAGUUCUAAGAUAAAAAAUAGAGUUGAAGUACAGCAAAACUUAUUUGAUAUGACAUGGGAAGCAGUAUUAAGGAACAACCCUAUAUACAUUGCUGCACCUCAUGUAUUUGUAACUCUUGAGGCUUUCUUUACAAGCACAUGUGGUCAAUUUAUAUAUAGCUUGUAUACAUGUCAAAUUAUUUUAAUUGAAAGCUUAAAGAUGGAAAAGUUCUCUGUAUUCAUGAAAAUAUUUGCUCUUAUUCAAAUGCAUUAAUUAACCAAAGUUUCAGAUAUCCAGAUUUGUAAAAGUAUCUGAUCUUCUGUUCUCAAGUGGCAGUGUGCAAUAUGAAAACAUCAAUUAAUUUCUAUUUUUCAUAUGUCAUCAAACAACUUAUUUUUCCAGAGAGAGAAUUUAGGAAAUAAAAGUGGCAAAGCUAAAUUUCUGAGGGACAUUAUAUGGCAAAUUCCAGUGACAUUUGAUAUUUGUUUAGAAACAUAGGAAAAAUAGAACUAUUUUGGUUUAUCCUUUGCAUUCUCUACACUUUAGUUAGUAUCAAAUUGUACCCACCCUCAUUGUUUAUUUGGCUCAACUUUUUUCUAAUUGACUUUAUAAGGUUUUUUCCUUAUACUGAUCAUGAUGUGUGCUUUUCAUUUCCAAGUUGACAAAUAGCACUGUUUGCAAGGAAAAAUGGCAUAUGGAAAAUCCAACUUGAAUUCUAUAUUUUUUGCAUUUGAAAAUUCUGGUUUAAAAAGUAUAAAACUUAUUUAUACUGCAUCUGAUUUUUUUUAACUCAUAACUGGUCAGUAUACAGAUUUGAUUUAUAUUGCCUUUUUAUAUGGACAUGUUGGCAACAACGAACUUUAUACAUCAUCAACUUGCAAAUAAUCCUUUCUGUGAAAGGAUCAUCAUAUCAGGAUGAUAACAAAAAAGUGUAUAAAAACAUAAUUGAAUUAUUUUGUAACAAAGUUUGUUCUGUGCCUUUUAUGAUAUUAUUAGGAAUUCAAUAAAAUGUUUGCAUUUAAA